UAAAGCAAGGAGUGGUAUUCGAUGGCAGGCGUUAAAAAGUGACAAAAUCCUAGUAUAGCUGAAGUUGUCGUGCGUUUUAUAUUAGUGGGUGUCUUACGUUAAGUGUAAGGUUAUGUCGUUAAAUAACGAUGAGACGUGGACCAAGUCCACGAAGAUCUUCUCUAGGAUGCAAUAGAACAACAUAAACGGUGGAGCUAAAGGUUAGAAAUGAUGGAGUGAUUUAAAAAUACAGUUGGGAAAACAUGGAACUAAAAUUUAACAGCGUUUCUGAAUUCAAAUCAAUGAAGAUGAGUUUCUCGUGUACUUCGCUACAACGCUCUAGCGAAAAUCUUGAGAGCACAGAGUUAGCGAGAAUAAGAACCAAUAGACCGUACAACAGUCUCACUAAGAAAAGGAAAGAUCCAAAUCAAGAAUAUUAUCAACGGUCUUGGAUCAACCGAGAUGACUGCAAAGAUGAUUUUUGGGCCGCAAUCCGGUCCAAUUAUGAUUACAUCAUGGAUACAAAUCUCAUUGAUAGUUGCAAGGAAGCGGAUGGAGAGCUUAUUUGGGAUGAAGGAGAUGUUUCAACAUUAUCCUGGGGAUUAAAAGAAGUCAGUUGUCAAUUUUCGGAACUAUAUUCUUGGCUAGGUAUUUUACAAGAAAUGGUUUAUUCCAAAGAAGAAAACCUUCUAGACAAAAGUCUUCGCGCUGCUCACAUGGAGGAGCUUCGACGUAAGGCUUAUCGACGACGACUAUUCAAUGAACAAGCUGCUAAACUUGUGGCUCGCACACCUUCUCUUAGAGAUGAAGUUGCAUGGCGAGUUGAUCAUUUGAAUGCGAAAUGGGAACUUGUUGAACAAAUAAUGGCCCCAGCUCAACCCGCUUCUGAGCAUCAGGAUGUUUUCACUGAUUUUGAACACGAAGUCAAAUGCCUUAGAAAAUGGUUACGAGAAAUGGAAUCACGGCUGCAGCCUUUGAGUUUCAACGUUGACUGGACGUUUUCAGAGUUGGAGGAAAAGGCAACCGAGCACAUGGUUCUACAAAAAGACAUCGAAACACAUGGCAGGAUAGUUAACUCCAUCGUGAAAUUAGGCGAGCGAGUAUUUAAACAACAGCAGUAUAAUUUAAAAAACCAUACUGACAAUGGUGAAAUUGUGGAGAUUCAGCAAAGCCGUCAAUUUCAAGCAGUUCGUGUUGCUCAAUCUUUAGAAAGACGUUGGCAUCUACUUUUUCUACGUGCUUUAGAAUGGCAGUGUCACAUCGAAACACUGGCUACCCGUAUUUGCAAUAGGAAUGUCAUAUCUUAUCGAUGCAGUAGUGACAGUGACGAAGAGCCUGUGACAAAGCAGCCAAGAUUAAGUAGAAGGCAAUUCCGAGAACCUAGAAAGAAAACCUAUGGUGAUUCUGAGCGGCCCAGUCUCAAAAGACGCGGGGUGUCUAAACAUCUAAACCGUAAAGUUGGAGUCAUCCCAAACUGUUUUUCUGAUAGCGAUAUGUCCUCCGGUACUCAGAAUAAUGAUGAAGAAUCUUAUUUUGAGGAUGACAUAGAGCAGCUUUGUGUAACGGAAUCAAAACACAAAAUUUCUCGAAGCUCUGAAAGCAUUUCAGCUCCAGUACCAGGUGAUCAAGGUACAGAAGGUGAUAUUGAAGAAGGCGAAGCAUCUGACGACGACAUGGCACCAACUUUAGAUCCAACCAUGACAACUGUAGACGAAGUUGACGGACCAUCUCUUGAAAAGCUGCUCAAAAACUCCCCCAACUUCAAGGAUUCAUCAAAACGGCGCAAAAUUGUUGACGAAAGUUCAUCUUUCAAUACGUCUGAUCGCAAAUCAAAAAAUUGCGCGACAUUUUAUUUCAAACAUCGCGAUACUGACUCGGAAGUUGACAGGGUUUAUGAGAAUGAUUUUGAUCAGAAUGAAUCUUCUGAAGAAGAAUGGACUUACAUGGCAUCACCUACGGUUACUUCGGAAAAUGGAUCGAACAAAAAUAAAACUAAUGUAGUUGUCCGUUUAGAUUUUGGAGAAGCGGCGAUUGAAGAUAUUGAAUGUCUGGAGGGUAAAGAACAUGACCAAGCGAUUACUGAAAAUGGGAAAGUAGACAAAUGUGAUAGCGAGGAUGAAACGAAGAAAGAUAUAAGGAAACUUAUAUUAGAAGUUGAAAAACUUGUUAGUGAGGAAGGACAGAAAGGAAUUUCGAAAAACUUGCCGUCACUUAUUUUUGACAAUUACGGUCAGAACAAUUAUCGGGCCAAGUACGCAAGAAUCAAAGAGUGGCUCAAACUCAACUCUCAUCAUCACACUGAAGAAAUUCCCUCACUACAGAAUUGGCAACCAUUAGACAGUUGUGACGCAAGUGGUGAAUACACAACAGGCGAAUCUGAUGUAGAAAAACAAUCUAAUUCUUCAGAUGAUAUACAGAGCAGUGUCGUGACUUACCGCCAGUAUGAAGGAAUCGAUUGCGUAAUGCAUUCAGUAUCUCAAGAAACAUUUAAUGACACGGAUCAAACUUCGGCAAAUGAAGUAAGCAGUCCUAUUGGCCCACAAGAUACUAGUACACCAAAAGUUAUGAUGCGUUCUAAGACAAAAUCAAAUGGACCACGGCCAUGGAGCGUAUCCUGUGUUUUCGAUCAACUGAAUUCAACAAACGAUUCAACUAUCUCGCAAUUUUCGAUUUCCGAGACUGCUUUACAUCAACUUGUUGCUUCUCCGCCCAUUAAAUCUGUUUCUUUGGAUGCUUCAGAAUCUCGAGUGCCUUUUAAUAAUUCAACGUCAACUCUUUUGGAAGAAUCUGGGCGUUCAAUCCGCAAUAGUUUCUUACGAAAAAAGAAGUCAAAAUUGAGAAAGAAAAAUUUAAGCCGUAAAAGUGAGUCUGGUUCUGACGGAUUGAAUGGCAAUUCUGGUGGUAGUGAUGCUAGCGGAACUCAUAAUAAUCGCCCGGUACAAAAAACCCAAGACCAUCGAAUGCGAUUUAAGAAACCCGACUGUCAUCGUUGUUUAGUAUCAUUAGUAACACAUGGUUCUACAAUAUCAUGUCACUUACAUAAUGAUGGAAUAGACAAAAGUUUUGUCGGUUACCCGUCGCCAUCAAUAAAAUUGACUUGUUGCACACCAGAUCCAUCAUCAGGAAAUACGGAAGACAUUUUUCUCGCAAAUCAUGACACUUCACUAGAUAUUUUGAUAAAUAGGAAAGAAGUUAUAAGUCCGAUAAAUGGCGACAGUGAUGUUGAGAAAAAUAGUUUAGGCAAUCAUUCAUUUUCGGAACAAGCAUGGGAUAGUUAUCAAGAAAAAUAUAUGAGUGAGCCGUACAGCGAAGCUGCUGAUGUUGAAACAGCCCGUAAGCUUCUUGACUUUGGUGAUGACUAUCGUAAUUAUUUGGAUAGUCAGUCGGAUUGCGCGUCUAGUUUGAGUGCUGUAAGAUCUUAUUCGCCUCCACUUAUCACUAACCGCAUUUAUUCUAAAAUAUCAAUUAAUUCUUCAAAUGAUAGUGAUAGUGAUAGCGAUGAUUGUCGUUGUGUUGUGGAAAAGUCAUAUAGAAAAUUGCUAGUCAUGGAAAAUCAUUUUACUCGUAAUAACGCUAAUGUCAAGACAACAAAAGACCAUAUGGAAUUCGAAAAUGUGUGCAGAGACAAUAUUAAAUGUCUACAAUCAUUAGUGGAAGCUAAUUGCUCAAUGAGUGAAAAGAGCAUAAAACAAAUUAAUGGUCUUGCAGAAAGAUGGAAAAAUUUAUCCCACAAAGCUGAAGAAGCUCAGCGCACUAGUUCUCUUCAACGGGAGAUGGCAGCGAUGCAUUUGGAACUUCGUUCGAUUCAUGAACGACUAAUUUGUCAUGAAAUUGUUUUGGAGCCUGCAUAUAUGAUUGAAGAUAAUAUCAAUCAAAUCACAUCGGAGUUGGCUACACUAAGAGAACACAAGAAUGCCAUGCUAGCACUGAAUGUAUCAGCCCAUAGACUUAUCACAGAGUUUGGCGCUACUGCAACUUCCGUGUCAAUUUCACUGAAAGAUGCUAUUGCUGAUUUGUACAGAAUAUGGGACGAAACGUUUCAAAGAGGAAAUCAAAAGCUUUGCGCACUACAAGCUAUUCAGCAAUUUGGUACACGUCUUGCAGAGUUACAAAAUGCUCUGCGCAGAGAUAAAGAUACUUUGGCAGUUCUUGAUGCAGCUCUACAAGCCGGUGCGAUUACAGAAGUCGCAUCAUCGGUUCGUGAUGUCGCGAGACUUCUUUCAGAAAAGCAAAAUACCAAUUGCCAGAACAAAGUAAUUAAGGAAGACGUAUUAACACUAGUAUCAAGUGAAAAUUUCGUUGAGUCAGGCCUAAUGAGUUUAGGUCAGGAGGGCGGGUCAUUUUCAGAUUCCGGAAUUUCCGAUAGUGGAAGUGAACAAGAGUUGAAUGAACGCGAACGUCGUUUAGCGGCUCUCCGUCGAUUGACUCGUAGCCUAGAGAGUCAACUUGCCCCAGGAAAUGAAGCUCUCACAGAGUUAUGGCGCAGGGUCGAGGACGCUGAAGUUGAACUGCGUAGCUUACAAAAACAAUGCCGUGAACUUAUUGUCAGAACUGCAGUCAGUGUUAAAGCCAAAGUGUCAACACGUUCCCAGGCUAAACAUACAUCUAGCAAACGAAAGAAGCGGUUCGUCGAUUCAGAAACAUCACGUAAGUCGAAUAAAAUGACCGGAACUGAUGAUCCUGAUGAAGAAUCCAAUACAUCGGAAAGUUGGGUUUGGAGAAUUUUAAAGGCUGCUUUACCUUUACAGUUAGCUCUUGUUGCUCUCUUCUGCGCAGCAUGUCUUUUAGAACCUCAUUGUUGUGAGGCAUCUAAUAAUGUUAACUUUUUAUUUACUCCGCAAUUGCGAUACGUUCGUGGACCACCGCCGAUAUAAAAUGUUUAUAUAAAUUUUUUUAAAUUUUUAUUUAUUUUUAUAGCUCAUAAAAAAUUUAUUUUUGAAAUCGCUAAAGCGAAUUCUAAAGGAUAUUUUUAUGUUGGGGUGAUUUUGCUUUUAAAAUACCAAUUGUGUUUGGUAGUAUGAACACUAUAUGUAAUAUUUAUAUAUGGUCAGUUUCUAUAAGUUCAGGCGAAUUUAAAUUACGGUAAUCGGAAAAAUUGCGGUAAGAUACAUUUUACUGAAAAUUGCGGUAUUUUACGAUAAAUUACCGCAUAAUGCUGAAUUCUAUGGUAAAUGUACGGUGAUUUCCCGUAAAUUUACGGAAAACCGGCAGUAUUUUAAGGUGAAAUUGUGGUAUUUUUCGGUACAAGUGUAGGAUUGUACCACAAAGUUACGGUAUUUUACUGUAAAGUGAAGUAUUUCAGGGUGUUACAGUAAAAAUGCCACAAAUUACGACUUAUUAACCUAAAUUGCCGUAAGUUACUGCACCCUACGGUAAAUUACCGUAGAGUAAGACAAAUUUGCAGUACUGUAAAGUAAUUUACCGCAAGUCGGAUCCGUUAGGGGUAAGUGCCUCGAAAAAAAAAGAGAAUGAAUAUAGUUAGUUCAUUAUUUUCUAUACUGACUGACUACAUAGUAGUAUUACAUAUAUGGUAUAAACCAUACCCUUGACAUUACCUGCCUAAUAAAUUUUUACUUGUGUUUUGUAAAAAAAGAGUAAAUGAAUAAAAAAAAAAAAAAAAAAAAAAAACUAUUAUCUUCGUAAAUAUGUUUCAUAAUAUUUUCUAAGGUAGUUGUUCCGUAAAAUUUUUUUAAAAAAGUAUAACCUAUGACCAUCUGAGCAGGUAAGAAACGGAUGUAAAUUUUCAACUUUCGUCGUGUUUUUGAAAAUAUUAUUAUCAUAUAUAAAUUAAUGCAUGUUAAUAGCAAAGAUGUUAAAUUUGUAAUUUUUU